CUAUUUGCGAAUAAAAAUAUUUUUUAAUUUUUUCUGUUAAAAAUCUCCUUUCAGAGAUUGUCCGGAUGAAGGACGACACCCAUUUAUGAAAGAAAGGAAUGUUGUUUUGAUAGAAAUGUGGGGAGAUGGAGACUGGCGAAGUAAUGGCCGCCGACGGCCGCCUUCGACCGAUGCUUUCCUCUGUUGCGAGCAAAGCAAAAAAUUGUUUGUGCGCUUGAGGAAUUGUUUGGAAGGGCAAAUGAUUGGGGGAAUACAAAGUAAAAAAAAGGAGUUGGGGGGAAAAUACAUUUAGUUGUUUGUGACGAGAGAAGCACUUGCUGUUUGUUUGUGAAGAGAAAAAGGGAGAGAAAGGCCUAGAAAAAAGCCUUGGGGUAGAUUUAGUAAGGGUUUUAGAGUCUGA